CACAUCGUUUCAGACAAAGAUGCAGCCAAACGUGCUGCCCGUGCUCCGUCGAUAAACCGCGAAUUACCUGAAGAAAGAAGACAAGAAGCGGUCAACAGGUGGUGGUUUGUGGCCACUCUGCACUGUUGCGCACACCGCUUCCACCGCGCACCGCCAAGAUGCUGUUACCGUCCGGCACCCUGCUUCUGCUGGCGGCUCUCUACUCAAGUGUAGACCUGACAGGCGCUGAGGGUUGUGGGGCAUCAUGUGGAAAAUGUGACUGCAGUGGUGUGAAAGGAACAAAGGGUGAGCGGGGAUUUCCUGGUCUCCAAGGUAAUAUGGGAUUCCCAGGGAUGCAGGGACCUGAGGGGCCUCCAGGGCAAUUGGGCCCCAAGGGAGAUUCAGGUGAAUCUGGGGCUCCUGGAAUGAAAGGAGUGAGGGGUCCGCCUGGUCUGCCAGGUUUCCCGGGAAACCCAGGACUACCAGGCAUCAAUGGAAACGACGGCCCACCAGGAGCACCAGGUAUCCCAGGAUGCAAUGGGACUAAAGGAGACAGAGGACUGGAUGGCUCUCCUGGUUUUCCCGGUCUUCAAGGACCUCCUGGCAUCCCAGGACUUCAUGGAAUGAAGGGUGACCCCGGUGGUGUGAUUGGGAUUGUUCCACUGAAGGGAGACAGAGGAUUCCCUGGCACACCUGGAUUACCUGGAUCAAUCGGAACUCCUGGACCUACUGGACCUCCAGGACCUCGUGGAUAUCAAGGACCCAAAGGUGAUCCUGGCCUUCCUGGCCCUCCUGGAGAGAAGGGUGACAAGCUGGCUUUUGUGAGUGAGAAAGGAGACAAGGGUGAUGCUGGAUUUCGCGGCCCGCCUGGUCCCCCUGGACCUCCUGCAUCGGGUGUUGAAGGAGGACAUACCACGGUGCACCUUCCUGGACCACCGGGAGACAGAGGAGUCAAAGGAGAGAAAGGAGAACAAGGCUUUUGCAUCCCUCAUCUCGAAGGUGUCAAAGGUGAACCCGGCCCACCUGGACCAAGAGGUAAACCUGGAAAGGAUGGAGAGUUUGGGCUAAAGGGAGAAAGAGGCUUUCCAGGAGUUCCUGGAUACACCGGUUCCCAGGGUGAAAAAGGAGAAAAAGGACCACCAGGUUUUGGUAUUGGUGCCCCUGGUCCUCCAGGUUCUCCUGGUUUCCCAGGGAAAGAAGGAGAAAGAGGUUUUCCUGGGCCCCGGGGCGAGGCAGGUCCACCAGGCCAGCACAUUGAAGGGCCUCGAGGAGAGAGGGGUGAGAAGGGAGGCAUGGGUGAGAAAGGAGAUCGGGGUAUAGAAGGAGAGUCUCUGGUUGGACCUCCAGGACAACCAGGAAUUCCUGGACCCCCAGGAGAACCAGGACUCCCAAUUGACCCUAAUGAAUGUGACAUUGAGAAAGGCGCUCCUGGCCCACCUGGACCUCCAGGGUUACAAGGGGAACUGGGACAGAAAGGUGACAAAGGAGAUACCUGUGUUAAGUGUGAAGCUUCCGGUGCACCUGGAUUACCUGGCCCCCCGGGGCCUAAAGGAGAGCACGGACCUCCUGGGUCAGUAGGAUACAAAGGAGAAAAGGGUCAAUCAGGAGCUCCUGGACAACCUGGACGACCUGGUAUUCAAGGCAAUCCUGGGUUGAUGGGAGCUCCAGGUGCUAUUGGUGAGCCUGGGGACAUAUUCAUAGCUCCUGGUUUGAAGGGAGACAAAGGUCUUCCUGGUUCUGCUGGGUCACCGGGGCAGCCUGGAUCGAAUGGACUGCCAGGGAGAGAUGGCAUACCGGGUCAACCUGGCCCCAAAGGAGAACCUGCCAAAGAGGGCAUUAAGGGUGAGCGUGGACUAGAUGGGGACCCUGGUCUUAUCGGGCCCCCAGGAGAGAGGGGUCCCCCUGGUGUGCCAGGCAUCGGUCAACCAGGAGAGUCAGGAGAGAAAGGCAGUCCAGGGAGACCAGGACUGCCUGGAGUCCCUGGACAACCUGGUACAAAAGGUGAGCCAGGUGUAGGUGUGAGUACUCCAGGACCUCAGGGAGUACCUGGACCACGAGGAGAAACCGGCAGACCUGGACUUCAAGGGGACAGAGGCCUGGUUGGAGACCAAGGGUUGCCAGGUUUCCCUGGACAGAAAGGUGAACAUGGACCCCCUGGAAUUGGUUUGCCAGGCCCAACAGGUCCAAAAGGAAUCGGUGGUAUCCCAGGAGCUACAGGAUUGCCAGGAGAGCCAGGAAGACCGGGACAGGAUGGCUUGUCGGGACGACCUGGUCUACCUGGACAAAAAGGUGAACCUGGACGGGGUCUUCCAGGCCCAAAAGGAUCGCAGGGCCUCCCAGGAGUUAUUGGCUUCCAGGGAGAGAAGGGUAGCAUUGGACUUCCUGGUAUUCCUGGACGAGAAGGCGAGACAGGUCUACCAGGACCUCAGGGAAUCAAAGGUGAAAUAGGGCCCCCAGGGCUUCCUGGACUGAUUGGCUCACCCGGUGCUCCAGGAAAAGGUUCACCUGGAGCUCCCGGACCACAGGGACCACCUGGAGAGCCUGGACCAUAUGGUAGAGAAGGUGUAAAGGGAGAAAAGGGCUACCCUGGUCCUCCUGGUCUGGACAUGCCGGGACCUCAGGGAGAAAAGGGAAUCCCUGGGUUCCCAGGGCUUGCAGGCUCUAAAGGACUGCCAGGGCAACCAGGCUUACCAGGCAGGGAUGGGCUGAUUGGAAACCAAGGUCCUAAAGGUGAAAUGGGGGUCAUAGGAACCCCAGGAGUACCAGGAUUUCCUGGACCACCUGGUACACCUGGAUCUCCUGGUCUGAGAGGUGAUCCUGGUAUUACUGGACCAAGAGGUGAUAUUGGAGAGAUUGGACCUAAAGGAGAAAGGGGAGAGCCAGGUCUUCAGGGACCUCCAGGAAACAUGAGUGAAGUCGACAUGGAGCACAUGAAGGGGGAGAAAGGAGACAUUGGAGACAUAGGUGACCGUGGAGUCACUGGACAGAAGGGCUUCCGUGGAAUGCCUGGAGACCCUGGACUGCGAGGCAAAGAUGGAGAGCCUGGAUUACCUGGACAACCAGGUGAGAAAGGAGACCCUGGUUUUCCUGGUGAACCUGGCAGCAUUGGACAACCUGGACAGAAGGGCACUGUAGGAGAGAUGGGAAUACCAGGUGUGAGUGGCCCAAAAGGUACUAAAGGAGAUAUUGGUAAAUCGGGACAUCCAGGAUUCAGAGGCACAGAUGGACAGAAAGGAGACAAGGGAGCAGCUGGUGAGCCAGGUAUUGGGAUCCCAGGAUAUCCAGGAGAAAAGGGUCAGACAGGCCAGCCAGGAUUCCCAGGAACACCUGGAGAAAAGGGUCAGAAGGGUCAUGAGGGUAUGCCUGGCAAACCAGGAUCGCAAGGAAAUAAAGGAGAUAAAGGAAGCAUCGGGUAUCCAGGCCAGCCAGGUAGACCAGGUGAGAAAGGUACGCCUGGGCUUCCAGGGUCUGCAGGAGAACCUGGUAAUGAAGGCCGACCUGGUGAAGGUGGCUUGCAGGGACCUCCUGGACCUCCUGGAGAGAAGGGAGAUCCUGGAGUGGACGGCAUCCCUGGAUCCUCAGGGGAGAGAGGAGACCCAGGUUUACCUGGCCACGGUUUCCAAGGGCCACCUGGAACAUUUGGUGGCAAAGGCGACAAAGGUAGUCCUGGCAUCCCUGGCACUCCAGGUCAUCCAGGUGUCCCUGGUAUCAAAGGCGACAAGGGACUUUCAGGCCCACAGGGACCAACGGGUGAGCCAGGAGAGAGAGGGGCUCAAGGUAUCUCUGUAGAAGGCCCUAAGGGAGAGAGGGGAGAAACAGGACAACCCGGAGAAGCAGGAUCCCCAGGAGGACCAGGACCAGCUGGUGUGCCAGGCAGACAUGGCCAUAAGGGAGAGAAAGGAGAUCAGGGUCUGCCUGGUUUCCAGGGAGAGACGGGACAAAAGGGUGACCCUGGAUUUUCUGGACUCCCUGGACAACCUGGUCUUCCUGGUAUUGAUGGACAUAAGGGAGAGAGGGGAUUGCAAGGUGUUCCUGGCUUCCCAGGUGUAAAGGGUCAAUUCGGGGACAGUGGAUUCAAAGGAGAGAUUGGAGACAGAGGAUUCCCUGGAGAAAAAGGUAAUGAAGGCCCUCCUGGCCCCCCUGGCCCCCACACCUUUGUCAAAGGAGACAUUGGGUUCCCAGGAAUUCAAGGUCUUCCAGGACCGCAGGGUCCAUCAGGGUUCCCUGGACAGAAAGGACUGCAAGGUAUGACAGGUAUUCCAGGGCCAAAAGGUGAAGAUGGCCACCCUGGAUUUCACGGUCAGUCUGGAGCCAAAGGAGAGCCUGGCCUGCCAGGACCACAAGGACCCAGAGGACACCCAGGUCCUCCAGGACCUGACGGCGUUCCAGGUCAAGUGGGUCCACCUGGCCCCUCCUCCAUGGAUCAUGGGUUCCUCGUCACCCGUCACAGCCAAUCAGUGGAGGUUCCAUUUUGUCCUGAGGGAACCUCACCCAUAUAUGAUGGCUACUCCUUGCUCUACGUACAAGGCAACGAACGGUCUCAUGGACAGGACUUGGGUACGGCAGGCAGCUGUUUAAGAAAGUUCAGCCCCAUGCCCUUCCUGUUCUGUAACAUCAACAACGUGUGCAACUUUGCCUCUCGUAAUGACUACUCCUAUUGGCUCACCUCCCCUGAGCCCAUGCCCAUGAGCAUGGCGCCCAUCACUGGUGAAAGCAUCAAACCCUUCAUCAGCAGGUGUGCUGUGUGUGAAGCCCCAGCCAUGGUGAUAGCAGUUCACAGUCAGACCAUCAUGAUCCCUCCGUGCCCUCACGGCUGGGACUCUCUGUGGAUUGGCUACUCCUUUGUCAUGCACACCAGCGCUGGUGCUGAGGGUUCAGGCCAGGCUCUGGCCUCUCCCGGUUCCUGUCUGGAGGAAUUCCGCAGCGCUCCAUUCAUCGAGUGUCACGGUCGUGGAACCUGCAACUACUACGCCAACUCCUACAGCUUCUGGCUUGCUACCAUUGAAGACAAUGAGAUGUUUACGAAACCUGUCCCAACAACGCUAAAAGCAGGCAAUCUCAGAACACACAUAAGCCGCUGCCAGGUGUGCAUGAAGAGGACAUAAACUCCCAACACCAGAGUCCUCCUUCCUCACAUGCAAGCAAUACCGCGCGUGCUGACGUCCUCAACUUGGCUUGACUUCCUGUUUUGAAAGGAUGGUGCUAUUUCCCUGCAUGUGUGAGAAGAGAGGGACACACACGUGGUUUGCAGAACAGCCUGAGAUUGAACUUUACAAACCAGAACACAGAGACCAAGCAGCCUUUUGCUCCAUGCAGAAAACACUUAACUAACAUGAUCACAACAUGUCUCUAAAGAAUGGCACCCAGUUUACCACUGCACUGAGUACAUGCCCCCUAAACUGGUAAACUGGUGUACAUUUUGAAAGGGUUGUUUGUGUGAGUCAGGUGCUAUUGAAUCUUACUUAUCUGCCUUACUCUAUUUUAUUUUUUUUAAUUUCCCUACAAGUGCCACAGCAUCAAAGAUAUAGCUACAUUAAUAUUAUAGAUUUUCACACCUUUUAACUUGUAUAAUGUAAAGGAUGGGACUUACCACUCGUUACAGAAGCUUGUCAUUUGUUAAAUCACAAUAUGUUGCCACCACAGACAUGUAACAAUCACUCUGUUGUAAAUAUAAAGCAUUCCUCUCUAACAUAGUUCAACAUACUCUCCUCAGGUUAUUAUUGAGUUACUUUGUGUGUUAUUAGCUUCAUUUUUAUUUAUAAGAUUUAUGAGAAUAUGUUGGACUUGAGUAUAUCUGGGAUUUCAUUGAUCCAAAAAACAGUGUUUCAACAACCAGCGCCUUAUUAACAUACCAAACAGCACUGAAAUAACAUUGGCAGGUGUGUGUGUGUGUGUGUGUGUGUGUGUGUGUGUGUGUGUGUGUGUGUGUGUGUGUGUUGUGAUGUUUGCAUAGGCUAUAUAUUGUUGCACAACCCUGUUGACACAAUAAAAAACAAAUGCACAAAAAGGAACAGACAAAAAAAAUGACACCUACACCUUUACUCUGACAGAACAUUGUUUAUAACAACUCUCACAUCAAGUGAACCAAAUCUUUGAUCCCAAAGAAAUGCACAUGUAUAUAUACUGACACAUACCAUGUACUUGCUACUCUGCUCAUGUACUUGACUGUUCCCGUUUGUGAAUUCCGUUUGUUAUCCCUGUUGAUUUUGUGCAAAAGCUAUUUUUAAUUAAGGGUCAUCGCGUCAAGGCUGCACAUUCAAGUCAAGCUCAUCCAGAUGAGGAGGAUUAUAUUUAUAAGUGUCUCUGCAGAGAUGAUUUAAAAAGGUCUUAACAUUGGUUUGUGUUUUGUAUACGGCAUUCUGAGAGAGUCAGUCAUGCGUUGAUGCUAGAAAGGCCUUCUGGACCCAAAACAGUGUCUGUUUCCGUGUCCCAUUCAGAGCAAUUGAAAGAUGCAGAGUUUUUCUACUGUUCAAGUUAUAGCAGUUACUCUACACUGACCAUAACCUGUUUUUGUUUGUGUGUUGUGCUUGGUUGUGAUAAAAAUGCUCCAUGAAGUACAUACAGUAUUAGCAGCAUUUGCCAUCAUAAAACAAACUUGAUCACAGUGGGAUUGAUCUUAGCUGAUUAACAAACAGAACAUACUUCAUCGUCAUUUUAUAUUUUCCAGAUCCCAUACUGUGUAAUUCCUGCAAUAAAGUGAUUUGUAGAAUAAUCUUA